AUGGUGACCAACAUUGAUGGGGGAUACCUUAUAAAAAACGUGGUAGAAGUGAACAAGUUCGGGGAAGGACGACCAGUUCAGAGUAAAAAGGCAUGGCAUACAAUUAAAACCAUGGUUAACUUACCAGUUAUCAGCCCCUUCAAGAAACGCUACUCAUGGGUGCAGUUGGCUGGGCAUACAGGGAGUUUCAAGGCAGCUGAUAGUGGGAAGAUUCUCAAACGCUUCUCAGAGAAUGAAAAGGAGUGUUUCGAGCGCUUGAUGAAAGACCCGCUGCGCUCCUGUGUCCCUUGCUUCCAUGGCGUGGUGGAGAGAGAUGGUGAGAGCUACAUUCAGCUGGAUGACUUGCUUACUGAUUUUGAAGGGCCGUGUGUGAUGGACUGCAAGAUGGGGAUCAGGACGUACCUGGAGGAAGAGUUGACUAAGGCCCGUGAGAAACCAAAGCUGCGUAAGGACAUGUACAAGAAAAUGAUUGAAGUGGAUCCUCUUGCUCCCACAGCUGAAGAGAAUGCGCAGCAUGCUGUCACCAAACCCCGAUACAUGCAGUGGAGGGAAACCAUCAGCUCUAGUGCAAACCUGGGCUUCAGGAUUGAAGGGAUUAAGAAGGCGGAUGGAUCGUGUAACACAAACUUCAAAACUACGAAGACACAGGAGCAAGUUCUACAGGUUUUUGUGGAAUUCAUUGAGGGCAACACAACUAUUCUGAAAAAAUACCUCAGGCGUCUGCAGGAAAUUCACAUCAUUCUUGAAUCCUCAGACUUCUUCAAGCGACAUGAGGUCGUUGGCAGUUCACUACUUUUUGUACAUGAUGGCAGUGGGAACGCCAAUGUGUGGCUGAUUGAUUUUGGAAAGACCACCCUUCUUCCUGAUGGGCAGACACUGGAUCACAGGAUCCCCUGGCAAGAAGGCAACAGGGAGGAUGGGUACUUGCUGGGAUUGGACAAUUUGAUUGGCAUCUUGGAAAGCAUCACUGAAAGAUGAGUUGAGAAUGGCACAAAACUUGCAGGGCUGCUCUGUAACUUUCUGGUCAACUGGGAUCACUCAGAAGGAAACUCCAAAAUCCUGAGGUCAUCAGUGCAGAGGGAGCUGCAUCCAGAACCCAGCAGUUAGUGACCAAAAUGACUUUGCAUUGGCCCUCUAUGAAUCUAACUAACUCCAGAUUGGUCUGUGUUGCGCCAGCCUGACUUCAGACUGGUCCUCAGAGAGUGAAGAUCUCCAUACUCAGGAAUCACACCAGCAUGAGUCAAGAGGUCUGUAUGGUAAACCAGAAUGAUUCUGAUUUCUGGCCAACAGGUGCGACUCCAGAUAACCUCUUGGUGAACCAGAGCAAGUGCUUGGAGAUUCAGGGUAGGAAUAACAAUUUUUCAGGGAACUGCAUAGGUGUGAAACCAGCAAGAGUGGUUUUUUUCCCCUGUGUACACUAUAGGCUGGACCAGCAACUUCUGCUGCAUUGUGUUAUGAUGUGCGCAAGGUGGAAAUGGGUGAUAAUCACACGAAACCUGGAGCAAACGGAGACAGCAGUUUGUGUGGCUGGAUGUGGUAACAGCUGUUGACCGUUCCUCCUCUUCCCUACCCAAGCCCCGAUUCACUUCUACCCAAGAACAGCCUUUGCUUUCUAUUUAGCCUCUCAGGAGAAUACGAAUACUCUAGGGAGAGAAUAGCAGCCUAUUGUCUCCAAAAACAUUUGACUUUCAGACUGGGUGGGCUGUUGGAAAAGUGCCUAGCUUGGCAAGUUUGGCCUUGUGCAGCUGAACUGCAGUUCCGAAAAUCAGGAAUAACUCCUUCGCACACAGACCAGGGAACUAAGUGUUUUUUCAAGGCUUGUUUAUUUUUAAAGAUAAAACCC